UCUGUGAAAGUGUUUUCCUCCCAGCACUCUGUUUCUCACUUGUCCACUACGACCACAGCAGUAACUUUGCCUCUUCCUUUUCGUCGACACCCACACUCCUCACCACCGUCGCUGCUCCUCGUCCCUCCAUAGCGACCCUUCGUCUACAUCUCGAUCGCAACAACUGCGGUAACCCCACGCCCCAUCUCGACCAUUGCAGCAACUGUCGCAGCCACCAUCUUGGCCUCACACAACAUUGCGAACGGAAGGUAAGGCUGAUGCUAUUUCCCAUAUGAACACCAUUGUCAAUUCAACCAGAGGAGAUCCAGUUUUGGUAUACCCCAUAAAUGUAUUGGUGAAGUGGCAUCCCCAUGUCAAUUUCCUUCUGUAUUUAGAAUCAAUGUAGUAGGAUUCUUUUGGGUUAUAAAUUAUUUUUUUGGAUGUAUUUUUCCAUAGCCAUGUAAGGGGAUGCGUUUCACUAUCACCAAUAUAUUUCAAGGUUGCCUUAAAAUGUUGCACCAAAAUGCCAAUACAGUUUCAAGUGGAACCCACGAAAGUUCUUUGACAACCGGCAUCUACAUGCUUCACUUGUUUAGCUUCAAAGCUCGACUCCGAGGACUCUCCCCUAAAGCGAAGCAACAACGGAUGGGAAGGGUCCAAUUCCAAUACUGCAAUAGGCACCGUUCCCAGUUGAAAAAUGGAAGAUUUUGAUUUUGUGUCUUCACUUCUCUGAAAAAUGGAAGAUCAAAUGUGCUUCGACUGUCUUCAACGUCGAAUUCGCUCCGAUUUCUCUGAUAAUCUCACUUUUUCCCAUGCCAUCUCCGAUUCUGCCUGUCCUUUCGCCUCCACCGCCGUCGUUCAGAUGUCAAAUUCUAGUAGCGAAGCUUCAUCUCAGUUCAUAUUGGUGUAUCUGCCUAGUGGCCAAUAUGAUUGCUUGACAAAAUACAUUGAUGAGUAUUGUCCAGAAGAUCUUCAAGGUAGACACAAUGGUGAGAGUGGUGACACAAUUGCAUCAGUGAUUGAUCAAGAUCAAACUUGUUCACUAGACACUACAUUGAAUGAAAUCCAGUCCAAUGGUGGCAGAACAUUGCUGGAUGGGUUCAGAUGCAAAAAUUCGACUUGUAACUUUGCCAGUCGGUUUUCUUGCUUUAGGACAAUCACUUCCUUGGCUCCGAUUGCUCAGGUUGGCAUUUCAUCUUACUCCGUGUUUGAAGAGCUUGCUUCCAACUAUUUUUCUAGGUUCGUUGAAGACCACGUGUUGAGCUCACUUGGUCUUUUGAUUGAAGGAAAAGCAACAGGACGAGAUAGUAUAAAUCUUCUUAGUUUAAUUGGGAUACCGGUAUUUAAUGAGAAUGGCUUCCCUGGGUCUUUAAGGCACCCAAACAUAGCUCCUAUUCUAGGGAUGCUCAAAACAUCUGAUUAUAUCAAUUUAGUGCUUCCCAAGACUCCUUACACUUUGGAAAACAUUCUUCAUUAUAGCCCUAAUACCUUAAAAUCUGAAUGGCAUAUAAAAUUUUUGAUAUACCAGCUACUCUCUGCAUUGGCUCAUAUGCACGGUUUGGGGGUUUCCCAUGGUAAUGUAUGCCCAUCCAAUGUAAUGUUGACCGGUGUGUGUUGGUCUUGGUUGCGGAUUGUUGAUAGACCUUUGCUGAGCUCUGAUCCAAGUAAAACAAGUAAAGAAUGCUCUCUUACUCCAACUUCGAGGAUUGGUUGCUGCAUUCAGGGCUGUCCUUCUGAAGGACUUUAUGCUGAUUUGAAGUUUUCCCAAUCUAUGGACUGGCAUUCUGCCUUUAAUAGUUGGUGGAGGGGGGAGUUGAGUAACUUCGAAUAUUUGCUCAUCUUAAACAGAUUAGCUGGGAGAAAGUGGGGGGACCACACAUUUCAUACAGUGAUGCCGUGGGUUAUAGAUUUUAGUGUGAAACCUGAUGAGACUAAUGAUGCAGGUUGGCGAGAUUUAAGCAAGAGCAAAUGGCGGUUAGCAAAAGGAGAUGAACAAUUAGACUUCACGUAUUCAACAUCCGAAAUCCCUCAUCAUGUAUCAGAUGAAUGCCUUUCUGAAUUGGCUGUGUGCAGUUACAAGGCAAGGAGGUUACCACUGAAUGUUUUGCGUAUGGCUGUUCGUUCAGUCUAUGAACCGAAUGAAUAUCCUUCUACUAUGCAAAGACUUUACCAAUGGACCCCUGAUGAGUGCAUCCCAGAAUUCUACUGUGAUCCCCAAAUAUUUUCUUCCAUACACUCUGGUAUGACUGAUUUGGCUGUACCAUUGUGGGCGGGUACCCCUGAGGAGUUCAUUAAACUGCAUCGAGAUGCUUUAGAAAGCAAUAAGGUCUCAUGCCAACUUCAGCAUUGGAUUGACAUCACCUUUGGGUAUAAAAUGUCAGGUGAGGCAGCUGUUGAUGCCAAGAAUGUUAUGUUGCCUGCAUCAGAGCCCACAAUGCCCAGGUCGGUAGGGCGCCGCCAGCUUUUUACCCAACCACACCCUGCUCGUCAAGUUGCUACCAGGAAAAGUUGUAAUACCACAGCUGAAUUAAACAUGAUUCAAUUCCAAGUGAAUCAAGUAGAGGGUGAGAAAUCUCUUCUUCUUGAAACUGCUCAUUUACAAGGAUUGGUAGAAGCAGCUGCAUUUUGUGAACAUGCUCGGCAUUUGAGUCCCCUGUACUGCUAUCAUCUAGAAAAUCUUGUAGAGGAUGACUCUUCUUCACUAAAGCUUCUAAGUGACAGUUCAGAGAAAAACAUAUCUGGGACACCUGACUAUGGAAGCAAAUAUGGGAUGCGAUCCAUUGUUGACUUAAAUUAUCUUCUCGAGAAUAUUGAGGUGGGUGAUGACACUUCUGUGGGAUAUCAGGAGUUACUGCUUUGGAGGCAGAAAUCAUCUCGGUGUAAGAGUUUUUCAGAAAGCAUCGCGAAAGACAUAUUUUCUAUUGGAUGCAUCUUAGCCGAAUUUCAUUUGAGGAGGCCAUUAUUUGAUCCAACCUCAUUGGCUCUGUACUUGGAGAGUAGUGUUUUACCUAGACAGAUGCAAGAACUUCCCCCUCACACUAAAGUUAUUGUUGAGGCAUGCAUUCAGAAGGAUUGGAGGAGGAGGCCUUCUGCCAAAUGCCUUUUGGAAUCUCCAUACUUUUCAACAACGGUCAGGUCAUCCUACUUGUUUCUCAGCCCUCUUCAACUUUUGGCAAAAGAUGGAUUAUGUCUUCGUUAUGCUGCAAAUUUUGCAAAACAAGGAGCCUUCAAGGCAAUGGGUCCAUUUGCAGCUGAAAUGUGUGCUCCCUAUUGCUUACCGCUUGUAAUGACUCCUGUAUCAGAUAUUGAAGCUGAGUGGGCAUAUAUACUACUGAAAGAAUUCUUAAAAUGUCUGAAACCGAAAGCAAUAAAGGCACUCAUCUUGCCUGCCAUCCAGAAGAUUCUACAGGCUUCUGGAUAUUUGCAUUUGAAGGUUUCUAUUCUUCAAGACUCAUUUGUGCGUGAAAUAUGGCACCGGAUUGGUAAACAGGCAUAUCUGGAGACAACACAUCCUUCGGUUAUAUCAAAUUUAUAUGUUUCACCUCAUAAGAGUUCUGCUGCUGCUGCUUCUGUGCUGCUCAUUGUCUCUAGUGAAGAGCUUGGUGUACCAGUUACAGUUCAUCAGACAAUCUUACCUCUGAUCCACUGUUUUGGUAAAGGGCUCUGCAGUGAUGGAAUUGAUGUCCUGGUUAGAAUUGGUGGUCUUUUGGGGGAGAAUUUUGUUGCCCGACAGAUUCUACCAUUACUAAGAAAUGUUGUUAAUUCGUGCGUCGAUGCUUCAUAUAUGACUAAGCCUGAACCCAUGCAGAUCUGGAGUUCUUUAGCCCUUAUGGAUUGUCUAAUGACAUUGGAUGGUCUCCUUGCAGUCUUGCCGACGGAGGUGGUUUUAAAGGAGUUGAUAGAAGAUGGAAGUUGCCUGCACGUUAUAGUUCUCAUGCAAACUAGUUUGGACACUGCAGUUCUUCAGGUUGCUGCUACAAGUCUCAUUGCAAUUUGUGAGCGGAUUGGCCCAGAUUUAACCGCAUUGCAUGUUCUGCCGAAACUCAAAGAGCUAUUCGAUGAGCUUGCUUUCUCUCAGGAAACCAGCAUUACUUCUGGUUCUCUGGAGAGAAGCUUGAAGGUUACCAAACGAAAAGUAGAUGAGGAGGAUCCAAUUGAAAGUCGUAUGGACCUUGUGUUGCUUUUGUAUCCCCCCUUCGCUUCUCUUCUUGGUAUAGAGAAACUUCGCCAAGGUUGUGCCACAUGGUUGCUUCUUGAGCAAUUCCUUCUACGGUGCCAUAACUGGAAGUGGGAAUAUACAGGAGAGUCCUCUCGAAGUGGUCCAGACAAUAUUAAUUCUAAAAGGCCUGUUUUUAGCAAGAGCUCAACUUCUUCUGAAUACAAUCCUGCUAAACUGUUGCUCAAUGGGGUUGGGUGGUCAAUACCACAAUCACAAGGAAACAGGAGUGCCAAAAACUUGAUGCCUCAUAAGCGAGCAAACGACCUCAAUCAAGAUCCAGUUGAGCGGCAUGUAAAACCCUCAAUUUUUGGAAAACAUGAGCCAUGGCAUUGGUUCCCUAGUCCAGCAGCUAGCUGGGAUGGGCCUGAUUUUUUAGGUCGUGUUGGGAGUCUGAAAGAUGAACUUCCAUGGAAGAUCAGAGCAUCUGUAAUGCACUCCAUCCGUGCACAUCAUGGAGCACUAAGAUCUUUGGCUGUUUGUCAGGAUGAGUGUACUGUUUUUACAGCAGGAGUUGGUCCAGGAUUCAAGGGAACUGUUCAGAAGUGGGACCUGUCAAGAAUCAAUUGUACAUCUGGUUAUUAUGGCCAUGAGGAGGUUGUGAAUGAUGUUUGCGUCCUGUCGUCCCAUGAAAGGGUAGCUUCUUGUGAUGGAACAGUACAUGUUUGGAACAGCCAAACAGGGAAACUGAUAUCUAUAUUUGCUGAAUCAUCAGCAAAUUCUGCUGAUGUUGCUAGCCCUUCAACUUCUGCAUCAAAGAUAAAUACUGAUCAGCCCAAUAUGCUAAAUUCCAAUCCAUUAUUAAGUGGAAUAUUUUCAACUUCAUUUGAUGGGAGCUUGUACACUUGUAUGCAUCACCUAGAAUUCAUUGAAAAGCUUGUAGUUGGCACAGGAAAUGGUUCUCUCAGAUUCAUUGAUGUUACACAAGGUCAAAAACUUCAUCUAUGGAUGAGUGAAUCUGGUGAAUCCAGUUUCCCUUCUCUCAUUUCUGCUAUAUGUGCAUGUGGAUCUGACAAAAUGCAAGCUGAUGGAGCUGCAACUUCACCAUCUUGGAUUGCAGCUGGACUAAGUUCUGGAAUUUGCAGGUUAAUUGAUGUGAGAAGUGGAAAUAUUAUUUCCUCGUGGCGGGCACAUGAUGCAUAUGUAACUAAGUUAGCUGCACCAGAGGAACAUUUGCUUGUCUCCAGCUCUCUUGACAGGACUUUACGAGUUUGGGACUUGAGAAGGAAUUUACCGUCACAUCCUAUUGUUUUCAGAGGUCAUGGUGAUACUGUAUCUGGUUUUUCUGUGUGGGGACAAGAUGUGAUUUCAAUCGCCAAAAAUAAGAUUGGUCUUUCUUCUUUAGCUAGAUCUGCAGAAGAAGAUGGGGAACAUCGUAUCACACCUCAAUAUCUCUAUUUGGCAGAUCGUGGAGUAAGGAACAUGUCGGUGUUGUCAAGUUUGAGUAUUCUACCGUUCUCACGACUGUUCCUUGUCGGCACGGAAGAUGGUCAUUUGAAAAUAUGUUGUUAGAUUGCCUUUGAUGUCUAUAUGUAGUUUUCUUUUGUCAUUUUAGAGAUAGGUUUUCCCAAGGAUUCUCGGGGGCGGCUUCUUUCAUUUUGUAUUGUAUUAUUUUGUCAUAUUAUAUAUAUGCUUAUCAUUUGUUAUGUCAUGUUAUAUAUGUAAAAAUGCUUGAUCAAGAAUUGCUAGUUUUAAAAUCCCAAAGGAGGCUUGUUGA